AUGGAGCUCCCCGGGGGCGAUGGCGCGCUGUCCUGCUCCAUAGAGGAGACGAACGCGAUCCGGCUGAAGCUGGGUCUGAAGCCGCUGGCGGUGCGUGAUUCCACUCCAGCCGCGGAGGGGAGUGCCGCCAAGGCGCCGGAAACCAAGGCGGUAGACAACGACGAAAUAGAUGAGAGCGUAGCGGCGCGCAAGCGCCUGAUCGAAGGCGGCGGAAUCGCCGACCUGUUGGCGAAGAGCGAUGACUUGGCGCCACCGGGUGUCGAUGGCGAAGCCGGGGCGGUAGACGGCGCCUACAGCUCGCUCGAUGUGGAGGCGUGGUCACGCCGAAUGGCCGCGAUCCACCGCCGCAAACGUAUGGGCACGCUGAACUACAGCGACGACGAAGAGGAGGAGCCCGUCGCGCCGGCCGCGCCGCCGAAGCGGACGGCUUCAGCAGUCAAGAGCGGCGCCAAGCUGAAGGUACUGCACAAAGUCGACGAGCUGCCGUUGGAUUCCGGCAAGGAGGUUGUGCUCACGCUGGCCGAUGUGGGCGUGCUGGAGGCCGAGUCGGCGGGUGUCGCGGAGGUGAACUUUUUGGAAAACCCCGAGCUCGCCAAGCGCGGCGGCGUUAACCUCAAGGGCGGUAGUCGCGGCGCCGGCGGAGAAACUGCGGAGUACAACCCCUACGAGGAGGAGGAAGACGCUGACGGGAAGACAGACAUCCUGCGCAAGUACGACCGGGCGGUGGAGGAGUACCAGGGGUCCACGCUUUCCAACCUGGCGGGAGGCAAGCGAGGGUUCUACGUGGAUUUGGACAGCGGCGUGGAACCGGCUCCCAAGAAGGCCGCCACGAUGUUGACACAGCCUACCGAGGAGAGUUUUGACUUCGGCGGGCUGCAGCGCAAGAAGGAUCUGUUAAAGAAUCGCCAUCGUCCGGUGAACUGGGACAAGGUUUUCAGUUCCGGUUCCACAAACGCCAGAAGUUCGGCACAAGCGGAUAGUCCAGCAGCGGCGGAUGAAGUUGCUCCGUCGCAGAUCGUGAAGCGCGUGACGCUGGACAUGGACGAUGUGGAGGAGUGCGACCACCUCUACGCCCAGCUGUCUAAACAUCGCAAUCGCAUUCUUUCCACGGUCAAAACCGAGGAACCUGGGCAAGUUGCGGAGACCGCAGUACGCACCAGCGUUAUAGACACGGGGGCGGUCGUCGCCGACGCACCCGGGCUCCAGAUCAACGCCACGUCCGAGCUCAUAAAAGCAGUUAAGCCCAGGCAGUACGAGGAGGAGAUCACAGUUCAGCGUGCCAGCCAGCGCGGCUCUAAAGCGUCGGGUGCAGAGGCAGCCGACGAUGACGCUGACGACACGGUGGAGUACCCCGACGGCAGCGUCGACAACAGCGCCCCGAUGACCUCGGGUAUAGCGGCGGCGCUGGCAUACCUGAAGGAGAAGGGCGACAUCAUCGAGGAUAAGAAGGAUCUGUCGGAGGUGGGAAAGGACAUCACGCUGCACUAUCUGGACGAGUACGGCCGCCGACUGUCGCCCAAGGAGGCGUUCCGACAGAUAUCCUGGAGCUUCCACGGGAAGAAACCGGGACUGAACAAGCAGGAGCGUAAGAUCAAGCGGAUAGAACGCGGUGAGUUUUGCGCAUUUGUAAUUUACAGUGUUUCAGAGCGUAUGUCGAAGCUCAACCCGCUGGAGGGGCUGCCCACCAUGAAGGCGCUACUCACCCAUCAGGCGGAGUCAAAGUCAUCGCACCUGGUGCUCAGCGGCAACACGCCCGGCAUGUGA